CCGCCCCGCCCGAAUACGUUCGGGCAUUUCCGCCGGGGGCGGGCCAGGCCGCUCGGAACCGUGGCGGCAGCGGAGGCGGGGAUCCCGCGGCUGCGGCGACGGUGGCCGCGGUGGAGCCACGGGGCGGGCUCGGCUUGGUGUGACGGCGGCUGCGGCGGCGGUGGCGGCCGCGACCAGGUCGGCGUCCUCGGCCGGCCCAGCAUGGUGGCAGUCUGCUCCCUUGGCUCCCUCGUCUGGCGCAGCCAGCAGAGCCGCCAGCCGUGGGUGCUGAUGGCCCUCCGUGUGACGGCAUGAGCGGCCUGCCCCAGCCCCACCCACCGAUGGAGGACUUAGUGGCCCAGUGACCUGAGACCCCGCCACCAACCCCCUCCCACAAGUUGACGAAUGGUGGACUCAGCGACCAGUGGCCCUUGUCAGGGUCAUGGAAUAAUUUGAAGAGAGACAUGAGCGGCCCCCGUGGUCGCCUGUGACUGCUGGAGAUAGAGGUGCGAGCACCCCAAGCCAACCCAGCGGACCCUCCCAGGCCCCGCUCUGGCCAAUGGGGCCAGUGGGACUCCAAGCAGCCGCCUAAGCAUCCAGACCCCACCCCCCAGGUGGCCAUGGCGGGCCCUGAGGGCUUCCAGUACCGCGCUCUGUACCCGUUCCGCCGGGAGCGGCCGGAGGACCUGGAGCUGCUGCCUGGCGACGUGCUGGUGGUGAGCCGGGCGGCCUUGCAGGCACUGGGCGUGGCCGAGGGUGGCGAGCGCUGCCCACAGAGCGUGGGCUGGAUGCCCGGCCUCAAUGAACGCACACGGCAGCGAGGUGACUUCCCUGGCACCUACGUCGAGUUCCUGGGGCCUGUGGCCCUGGCCCGGCCCGGCCCUCGCCCACGGGGCCCCCGCCCAGUGCCCGCCAGGCCCCGUGAUGGGGCCUCUGAGCCAGGCCUCACACUCCCCGACUUGCCGGAGCAGUUCUCCCCACCUGAUGUGGCGCCCCCUCUUCUGCUGAAGCUUGUAGAGGUCAUGGAACGGACGGGGCUGGACAGCGAAUCUUACUACCGGCCAGAGCUCCCCGCACUGCGUACAGACUGGUCCCUGAGCGACGUGGAUCAGUGGGAUGCAGCAGCCCUGGCCGAUGGCAUUAAGAGCUUCCUGCUGGCACUGCCCGCGCCGCUGGUGACCCCCGAGGCCUCGGCCGAGGCGCGCCGGGCCCUGUGGGAGGCCGGGGGGCCCGUGGGGCCGGCGCUGGAGCCCCCGAUGCUGCCGCUGCACCGCGCUCUCACGCUGCGCUUCCUGCUCCAGCACCUGGGCCGCGUGGCCCGCCGCGCCCCGACUCUGGGUCCCGCAGUUCGGGCCCUGGGCGCCACCUUCGGGCCGCUGCUGCUGCGCCUGCCGCCGCCGUCCUCACCGCCGCCAGGGGGCGCGCCCGACGGGAGUGAGCCCAGCCCUGACUUCUCGGCGCUGCUCGUGGAGAAGCUGCUUCAGGAACACCUGGAAGAGCAGGAGGUUGCGCCCCCAGCGCUGCCACCUAAACCCCCCAAGGCAAAGCCGGUCCCCGCAGGCCUGGCCAAUGGGGGGAGCCCAUUGUCCCUGCAGGAUGCUGAGUGGUACUGGGGGGACAUCUCGAGGGAGGAGGUGAACGAGAAACUCCGGGACACUCCCGAUGGCACCUUCCUAGUCCGAGAUGCUUCCAGCAAGAUCCAGGGCGAGUACACGCUGACCCUCAGGAAAGGCGGGAACAAUAAGCUAAUCAAGGUCUUCCACCGAGACGGGCACUAUGGCUUCUCAGAGCCGCUCACCUUCUGCUCCGUUGUCGACCUCAUCAAUCACUACCGCCACGAAUCCCUGGCCCAGUACAACGCCAAGCUGGACACGCGGCUUCUCUACCCUGUGUCCAAAUACCAGCAGGACCAGAUCGUCAAGGAGGACAGCGUGGAGGCGGUGGGCGCCCAGCUCAAGGUCUAUCACCAGCAGUACCAGGACAAGAGCCGCGAGUACGACCAGCUUUAUGAGGAGUACACACGGACCUCCCAGGAGCUGCAGAUGAAGCGUACGGCAAUCGAGGCCUUCAAUGAGACGAUCAAGAUCUUCGAAGAGCAGGGCCAGACCCAGGAGAAGUGCAGCAAGGAAUACCUGGAGCGCUUCCGGCGUGAGGGCAACGAGAAGGAGAUGCAGAGGAUCCUGCUGAACUCAGAGCGGCUCAAGUCCCGCAUUGCCGAGAUCCACGAGAGCCGCACGAAGCUGGAGCAGCAGCUGCGGGCCCAGGCCUCGGACAUCCGCGAAAUCGACAAGCGCAUGAACAGCCUCAAGCCGGACCUCAUGCAGCUGCGCAAGAUCCGAGACCAGUACCUCGUGUGGCUCACCCAGAAGGGUGCCCGGCAGAAGAAAAUCAAUGAGUGGCUGGGGAUCAAAAAUGAGACUGAGGACCAGUAUGCACUGAUGGAGGAUGAGGAUGAUCUUCCCCACCACGAGGAGCGCACUUGGUACGUGGGCAAGAUCAACCGCACGCAGGCGGAGGAGAUGCUGAGUGGCAAGCGGGACGGCACGUUCCUCAUCCGCGAGAGCAGCCAGCGGGGCUGCUACGCCUGCUCCGUGGUGGUAGACGGCGACACCAAGCACUGCGUCAUCUACCGCACGGCCACCGGCUUCGGCUUCGCGGAGCCCUACAACCUGUACGGGUCGCUGAAGGAGCUGGUGCUGCACUACCAGCACGCCUCGCUCGUGCAGCACAACGACGCGCUCACGGUCACCCUGGCGCACCCGGUGCGCGCCCCGGGCCCCGGCCCGCCGCCUGCCGCCCGCUGAGCGCCGAGGACCCGCCCCCGGCAGAGCCGCCCCCUGGUCCCGUCUGCACCGAGGCUGCGGCGGGGAGCCACGGAACGGACCAGCCACAGCCAGGGGUCCUCACUUCUCCGGCUCUGGCUCUCGUUUGGGGUCCUCUCACCCUCUUUCUCUUUCCUUUUCUCUCUCCCUCCCGCCCCCAUUCUCCAGAUCUCCCUCUGUCUCCUCUCUCUCUCUCUCUGUCUCUCUCUUUCUCUCUCUGUCUUUCGUAGCCUCUGUCUCUCUGUCUCCAUGUUGGGGGUCCUGCCUCCCCCACCCCGUAUCUCCUUAUCCCCCCCCCCCGGGCAUUGCCCUCUCCAUGGCUCUGGUCACCCUGACCCUCUGCCCUGCCCACCGCAGGUUCCCUGGGGUCCCGGAAGCCCUUUCUGGCUGUACCUGCCAUGUUUACAGAGGGCCCCUGGGCUGCGCGGCCCCAGCCUGGGCACCCCGAUUUUUAAGCCAUAGACCUGGGGUCAGGGCAGGAAGGAACUUGACUCCGCUGCUUCCGAGAACCUCGGCCAUGACAUUCGGGGCCGGGCGGGACCCGCCCCACAGACUCCAACUUCCCCUCCAAACCCUGAAGUGAAACCCGCCACCGGGAUAUCCCCACCAUGGGGCCGCUGCGAGUUCCCCAACCCCCGAAAAAUAAUUUAAAAUAAACUCUUAGGCAGGGCGCCGUGGCUCA